AUGUCAGAAGUUACCAUCCAGCCCGGCUCUACCAUCUUUGUGACCGGUGUAAACGGCCUUAUCGGAAGCUACAUUGUCGAUGUGCUUCUAAAAAAAGGAUAUAACGUCCGUGGCGCAGUGCGCGACGUGGAGAAGAGCAAGUGGCUCCUCGACUACUUCAACGGAAAGCAAGACGUGAAGCUUGAACUCGUAUCCGUGCCAGAUAUGACAGUCGAGGGAUGCUAUGACGACGUUGUUAAGGGAACAUCCGGUAUCAUCCACGUCGCCUCCCCGCUCAAUGGCCCCGACCCUCAAUCCACCAUCCCGAUUGGCAUCCGCUCCGCCCUAAACGCACUCUCCGCCGCCGCAAAAACGCCCAGCAUUACGCGUGUGGUAUACACAUCGUCCUCCAUAGCCUCCACCUUCCCGACCUACGACAAAGAGAAGGUCCUCGACCAGUCGUCCUGGAAUGAAGAAGGUAUCGUCAAAGGCUGGAACCACCCCGCCGACGAGCCCGAGAGUCUUAAGGGGUUGUACAUCUACGCAGCGCUAAAGGCCGAGAGUGAGAAAGCGUGCUGGAAGUUCAUGGAGGAGAAAAAGCCUGGUUUCAUCUUCAACAGUAUUCUGCCUAACUGCAACUUCAGCCGCGUCCUCGCCCCCUCGAAACAAGGCGCGCCUUCCACCGUCGCGUGGGCAAGGAGUGCCUGGACAGGCGAGAACUUCGAGCACGUCUCCAAAGUGAUAGGACCGCAGUUUUUCAUCUCCACACAGGACUGCGCCUUAUUACACGUUGCUGCCCUCCUCAACCCUUCCAUCUCUGGGGAACGCAUCUUCGGCUUCGCCGAGCGCUGGGACUUCAAUAAGCUCCUUGCCGUCUUUCGCAAAGAAUACCCCGACAGGACCUUUCCGGCUGGUUUGCAAGGCCAGGUAGACGACAAGUGCGAGCCGCCAUCUGAGCGUGCGGAGGAGAUUUUGAAGUGGAUCAAGGAGGGCGGCAAAGGGUGGGACAGCUUGGAAGAUAAAGUCAGGGAGAUGGGGGUGCAGUUUGCUAGUGGAGAACUCUGA